AUGUCUGAUAUUCUAACUGAAAUCUUCCCCUUAGAGGUAAUCGAGCUCAUCUUUCUCUUCAUGACAGAGCGACCAUUGAAAAUCCUUUAUGAGAACUUACCUGCGAAUUCAACACUCAGGCUGAUGGCUAGAUCCAGAUUGUUAAAGCCGGUUUCCGUAAGAGAAUUGGGAGAGCUAAUGAGAUUAGCAAAACUCGAUACUCCCAUUGGGAAGCUCGAUUUGCCCGGCAAGACAGAACUUCUCUUGUUUUUGAAAGACAAUCCUUCUUUCGUUACUGGAAUCUCCCAUGUUCACAUAGAUGACCAUGAUUGGGACGAGUCCAAGUACUCGAUUCUCAAAGAAAUUCAAUUCUCGAGUUACUCUUUAGAAGCCGCGUUACUAUACCAUUUUGACCCUUCGCAGGUGCCUCUGACCUUGACCCUGCUAACCCUCCAAUUUAUAUAUGAGCCUACACGAAAAAGAAUUGGAGGAUGGCCAAGCUCAUUGACUAGCUUGUCAAUUUACAACCACCAAAGCGUAUAUCUCAUAGAGCUUCCACUUACGCUCAAAGUCUUAUCCUGCUCUGGUGUGAAUAGGGUAUGGCACAAGUUCCCUCCAAAACUUGAAGGUCUUUAUUUCUCAGAUACAUGUUGGAUUACAUCGCAUGAUUUUGAAUUUCCCAAGUCUCUCAGAACGUUAUGCACCAUGUACUGUGAUAUCCCUGAUGUUCAAAAGAUAUUGGACAAAUUACCUGGGAGCUUGAAGGAACUAGAAUUCCGGAGGAAUGAAGGUAGUGACUUUUCAUCCCUUGAGUUUCCGAAUUCAAUUGAGUAUCUAAGUCUUGCGGAAAGUGACAUAGACAGUCUCGAUGGCUACGUGUUCCCCAAGUCUCUCAAGGAGCUUCUUUUAGUGGACACCAAAGUUCCGCGGGAUAAGUUUCAUUACUUACCUGGAGUGGAUGUGAUUAUUUGA